UGCAUCUGCUUCCCCUCCACAUCUCAAGAUGCCCCCCUAUCUGUACCGUCUCCCAACCACAUCCCUCAUCACAUUCUCUGCCAUCCUUAACGAUCCCUCUUCCUCCUACACGACGAUCCUUUCAGACGCAACCGCAUCAAGGACAAAGCUGCACUUGGCAUUGAAGGGCAUUGCUGAUAAUGAGCCUGGAGCGAGCGCCCUUGCAGUACUAGAUGCCGUGCAGAUAUACCUGCCUUACUUGAAAGGUAUCAUUGCCUGUCUCGAUGCCGAUGAAUUGCUCUUCAAAGGCGAACCGACUUUCCAAUGGAGGGCUCCUCUUACCCACUUCAGCUUCUCGUCCCCCUUGCUACCCCUUGCCUCGAUCCAUAGCGAACAUCUCAUGGUUGUCCUUACAUACGCUCUAGCCCUAUCCAACUAUGCCCAUUCCAUCCUUGCCUCCUUACCUGCUUUUGAGAUCCCAGCUGGACCAAAGGCGAUGCCUCAUAUGUCUUCAGAAGAUGAGAAGCGCACUACAGCCGGCUUAGCAAGGGCAGUAGACCUGCUUUGCCAAGCGAGUGGUGUUGCAGAGUGGGCGGCGGAGAAUGUCUGUCUGCAGGUGGAGCCCCUGAAGGGGGUAAGCAGCGGACGACUUGGAAAAGGCAAAUGGCCUGCCGAAAGUAGUAGAGAGACGUUCAAAGCCUUAUCUAUGAUUUUGCUCGCGGAUGCCCACCUUACAGCAAUCCGCAAACUUCUUUUCCCUGUACUCACUUAUACUCUAUUUGCCCCUCCAGGCCCACCAUUACCACCCAAUCAUCCUUCUGCUCCGUUACAAGCCAAACUUUAUCUUUACGUACAUCAGCUGUACUCGUCCGCUCGUGCCCUGCUUUCGGUCCACCACCAACCAACAAGCAGUGCGCCUAGCAAUUCUUCGAGAAAGUUAUUCAGAUCAAACACGGACAAGGAUGUCAUUGAACCUGAAGCUGUAGAAGGAGAGAUCAUACCAGAGCUGAAAAGGUACCUCGCCAAGGAAGCACAGUUGGCUUUAGCCCUGGCCCACAAGUGGUUAGGCAUCGACGCAGGUGAGAACGGAAAGGGCGCAAAAGUCGGGGAAGCCCUUGCUUGGGUUAAAGAUGCCCAGGGUAGGUUGGAAGACCUGGAAGAUAGUAAGAUGAGGGCAAAAUUGAAAGGCUUGUCCAUUGGGAAAUCCAGGGAACGGAAAAAGGAGGAGAGGAGGGCAAGGAUGGGAAGGGUGGAAAGAGAAUUAGAAGUUGUCAAGGCGUGGGUGAAGGCUUAUCAAAAGAUGAACGACACUGUUGCUUUCCAACCAGUACCGCCCGUAUCAUCGUUGGUUACCCCAUCAGGCAGACCAAUUUUUGGCCCCAAAGCGUUCAUCCCCCCUCCAAGCAAAUUCUCACCCAGUCGUAUUGGUCAUCUGAAUGAAGAGCAAGGCAACGACUCGCCCGAACUUGGUGAAACAGAAGACACAAGCUAUGCCGGCAAGGGCAACUACUUCUGAUUGAUACAUUCUUUUCAUUUUGCUUUUACGUCACCUACUCUACCAAAAUGCGACCUCUGACCCUCGCCUCCUCAAUUCUCGUCCCAAAACACUGACCAUCCUCCGCGCCUCAUCUACUGCCUGUUCAAUUGGUGCAACAUUCUCUGCAUCACCCGCCAUACCACCGCCAAAAUCCAUAUCAAAAGACAUUUCUCUCGCAGAUGAAAGCUCGGAAAGGCGGGAGCAGAGAAUAGAGAGCCAUUGGGUAUGGGCUAAGGUGAGGUCAGGAGGCGACAGAGCUGCAGCAGGUUCAAGGUGUUUAGUUGAAGGUAACGGCGACGAUGGUGUUACACCGGACAACGUACAGUCAAGUGCCUGCUUUUCGUUGUGCACCAAUAUAGAGGGAGAC